ACGCGCAUGUGUUGUGCUAUGACUGUAAACUUUGUCCAGUCCGCGAGCUCAGUCAGUUGGCGGCGGAGCGUUGGACUGUUGCUCCCGUGUCUGUCUCUGUGCCGUAACGGGAACCCCUCCGUUAAUCAUGUCCGACUAACGGUUUAAUUCGGUAAUUUUGGUGACGCGAGCGAUAAAUUAAAUCCCGGAGAAAAGCCGGUUGGAGAAAUGGAGUCUGUGAGCAAGUGGACCCCGCAACAAGUGGUGGACUGGAUCCGAGGGCUGGACGACAGCCUGCAGCCGUACAUCCCGUCCUUCCAGCAGCAGCAGGUGGACGGGGAGAAGCUGCUCAGGAUGUCCCACCAGGAGCUGCUGUCUCUGGGCAUGGCGCGGGUCGGACACCAGGAGCUGGUGCUGGAGGCCGUGGAUCUGCUCUGUGCUCUGAACUACGGUGUGGAGAAGGACAACCUGAAGACUCUGGUGGGGAAGAUGAGAGCGGCCCACCACAACCUGAACAGCUCGGUGUCGCAGCGCAGGAAAAACCCCGCCUACCACUGCAAAAUCUCCCAUCAGCCCUCCAACGAGUUCCUGACCGCCGUGGUCGAGCUGAUCGGAGCCGCCAAGAGUCUGCUGGCCUGGCUGGACAGGACUCCGCUGACGAGCGCCAACGACUUCACCUCCACCAAAAGCAGAAUCAUCCAGCUGUGUCUGGAGCUCACCUCCACCGUGCAGAAGGACUGCACUGUUUAUGAGAUCGAGGAGAAGAUUAUGGAAGUGUCCCGAGCUCUGAACGCCGUCUGCGAGAAGACGGUCCAGGCGACCUCAGUUCCCUCAGAGAGCGGGAUGUCCUGUCUGGAGGAGGUGCACAUCACCAACAUCAAGCCUGGCGAGGGACUGGGUAUUUACAUCAAAUCCACCUACGACGGGCUUCACGUCAUCACAGGAACAACAGAGAAUUCUCCUGCAGAUAAAACUCAGAGGAUUCAUGCUGGAGAUGAAGUGGUUCAGGUCAACAAACAGACCGUGGUGGGCUGGCAGUUGAAGCACCUGGUGGAGAAGCUGAGGGCGGACUCGGGCAGCGUCGUCCUGGUGGUGAAGAAGAGGCCGUCAGGAACGAGUGGCGGCUUCGCUCCCGCGCCGCUGAAAAACCUUCGCUGGAGGCCUCCGCUCAUACAGACCUCUCAGGGAGCUCCGGGUCUCUACAGAUCCCAACAGCCAGAGACAUCAGACGCUCCUGGGAGGAGAGGGACGACGGCCAUAUUGGAUCUGUACGUCCCUCCUCCCCCUGCGGCCCCUUACGCACCGCUAGACGGGAACGUGAACGUGUCUCCGGGUGUGAAAAUGAGGCCCAAGUCUCCGAACUCGUGUCUGGACGCAGACGUGCGGCGGCGCUCGGCUGUCCCCGACGACAAACGGACGUCCGUCAGGUCCCCCCCGCCUGAACACAACCAACCAACCGCUGUGUGCCUUCGACAGCGCUCGUCCACACGCUGUAAACCUCGACCCGUCUCCAUGCCGGUGGAGUCGUUUUCAGGGGACCCGUCCUCCAGGCCUGGGGCUCGGGGAAGGAAAGGGCAGGACGUCCUGCACAGAUAUCUGAGCAACGAGGGUAUCAGCACCAUCACAGAGGAGGAGCCGUGUUUCCCUCUGCCGUACCGAGGACACCCGUCCGUCCGCGGUGUCGACCACAUCAGAGGCAGCCAGUGCUUCAUCAACGCCAACCUGCACAACAGCGCCACCAUCCCUUACCAGGAAGCCGCGUCCAAGAAGUCUGCUGCCUCCACCUCCACCUCUGCUGCUGUUUCUCCACCCGUGGCUGUAACCAAACAGUCGACGUCGCUGCUCGGAGGCUGGCUGGCUCGUCUCAGGCUGCUCAGCCACUGAUGGAGUCUCAGCGUCCAUUUUUAUUAGAUAAAAUGCAAUCUUCUCACCUGGCUCUUACAGGAGGCUGUGUACUCGCACCCUGAUCCUCAGGAUGUCUACAGGAAAAACAAGGUUUUUAAAUAUCUGUUAGGUCAAGACCUUCAGCAAAUAAUUAGUCAAAUACAAACAGCUCAUGGAAAAUCAACUUCUGGUAUCAACCAAAGAUCUAAAAAGUCAAAGCCAGAGCAAAGAAUCAUCAGAGAGCAACAGUUAAUUGUUUUUCUACAUUGACCAGGGCAGUUUUUAUUCAGUUUAUUAUCACCAUGAACUUCAUACUAGAGACUCCGUGCUGACACUCAAUUUUCCGGUUAAAAUAAUUUAAAAUAGAAAAUUAGAAAAUUCAAUUCAAACUCUAAAGAUAGCUCAACAGUAAUUAUGUAUUUCACUGUGGCUUUAAAUAAGUAUUACAUUAUCUACACCAGUUCUGAAUUUGAACCAGUUUCUUAUGUGUAUAUAAAAACUGUGAAUCGGUUGACGAACACUCUUUGCAAUGUCGCUUUUUGAAUGCUGAAAACAAACUUUCAGUAACACUGUUUGGACCUGCUGAGCUUCCAUACAGGACGUCAAACUGAAGGAAAAACGUGGAAACAUUCAACUUGUGCAUGGAAACAGAAAAUAGUUAUACUUUUUUGUUUUGGGGCCUUUAACUGCUCAAAAAAGUACCUCAUCAUUUCUGUUUAUGGCAGCCUGAAUCUGCUGAGAAUGAAGCUGGUUUUUGUUUUUAACAGAUUUGGGCUGCUUUUUAUCGCUCAAGUUGAUACCACAAGAAUCAAUCAGCAGAAUUAGAAUCAGUACAUUUUAACUAUCCCAUUAAGUCCACAUUUCAAAGAGCAAUUAAUCAAGCUUUAGUGGAUUUCUCAUUUAAAAAUGGUGAAGCAUUUCUAAACAUCAGAGCUCUGCUGCAUCCAGUCUUUUCUCUUUAAAUCUCAGGAGCCGCUAGUGCCUCUCAAAUCUGUAUAUAUGUUUCAUAGAUUGUUUUUAUUUUUAUCACUGCAAAGAUGUGCUUAUGAGAAGGUAAGAAAGAGCUCAACGCUGUUACUUAAUAUUCCUGACGUCUUGUUACAACAGGAAUAACAAACUUGUUUUUAGGAAGCGAUUUAAUGAAUUAAAUGCUAGUUUAACAAAAUGCUUCAACAGUCAAAGGAAGCAUGGUAGAUAACAUUAAUAAAAUGUUCAUCAACAGGUUUUUUUAACGACAAACAUUUUAAGAAAGCAGUCUUCAAGUUAUCGUAAAUGAAAAAAACUUUCAAAUCUGUUAAAUUGUUUUUUAACGAAAGAACACAAACUGAAGAAGUAAUGAACCCUCGCACCAUUUGGUAAAGUUCACAGUUAUAAAGAGAAAAUGUUAUCACACACAUUUUAUUCUAAAAUUUUGCUUAUAUUUUUGGUUUAAGAGUGACUUUUAAAUGUUAAAUUUCAACACACUUGUUUUAAGAUUUGACCUUACAUUUAUCAGUUUAAAUUUCAAACUUACACUUGAGUUUAUUCUGAAAACUGCUGCUGCAGAUUCUGCUGAAAGCUGCUUACAAUUUCAGGUAAAACUAACUGAUAUUAAGUAUUUCAGGUGUGGCUUACUGCACUCUAAAA